AUGGAGAACUUCACUCCAGAGCAAUACGAACGCUUUGAGGCUUACCGCCGUCACGCCCUCCCCAAGCAGGGCGUCCGCAAGGUCAUCCAGCAGACCCUCGGUCAACAGGUCUCUCAGCCCGUAGCCCAGGUCGUUGCUGGCUUCGCCAAAGUCUUUGUCGGCGAAAUGGUCGAAAAGGCACGCGCAGUUCAGGCUCGGCGGGGCGACACAGGCCCACUUUCACCAGAUCAUCUUCGCGAAGCAUACAGGAUGUAUCAAGAAGAGACGGGACGUGUAGGGGCCGCAAGGCCGCUACGAUCGAAGCGACUCUUUUUACGAUGA